GGAGAGAGAGAGAGAGAGAGAGAGAGAGAGAGCGCUCAGUGCUGCAUCUGGACGGACGGACGGACGGCGGAGCGGCUCGUGUUGUGCGGGGCAUGACGAGAUGCCGCCCGUGACAGCGGGGUCGGAGUAAUAAUGAACGCCUUUAGCAAGUGCUGGGAUGGACGAGGAAGGUUUACCGUCAGCGCCGGGGGGAAUAACAGCGAGCCCUUGUGCCUCGUGGCUCCGAGAUGGUGUCACCUCUGUGCGCUCUUCCCUCUGCUAUCCGGACAGGGGACACUGGCAGAGGAGUGACACACCGGCGUCGGAAUUUACACAGUUAUCAGUGUGAGAGUAGACGGUGGAGGGAGUAGAGGCACUGUCAUGGAGAAACAGAGCAGAGUCAAGGAGGAAAUGCCGACAUCGAAGGAGGAGAAGCGCAAAGAGAAGAAGCCCAAAUCUGGGAAGCUCUUCCGAAAGAAAUCGUUGAAGUCUGUUGGGAGCUUUAUGAACAGAAUCAUCAAAACUUUGGGCACUUUCACCCACUUUGGAGACGCUGACGCGCAUGACGCGGAGGACGACGACGGGGGGUUUCGGAAUGGCGCACCUUGCACCCUGAGCGCCGGCUCGGGGAUCAUCAGAGAGGACGUACAGGUGGCCUGGGAGCGGGUGGUGAAGAACACUUCCAGCACGUCCUCCUCUCUGUGCGCGGGCAGAGAAAAACUCCUGUACCACUACGGAGAGAAAAUCCCAGGUGUCCUGGGGCUGAAAAACCACGGGAACACCUGUUUCAUGAACGCCGUGGUCCAGUGUCUGAGCAACACGGACCUGCUGGCGGAAUACCUGGGGCUGGAGCGGUACAAGCUGGACCUGAGUCAACCCAGAAUCAACGGGGUGGUGAGGAGUGAGGAGACGAGGCUUGCCAAGGGGGAAGUCACUGAGCAUUUGGCAUCACUUGUCAGGGCUCUGUGGACCCUGGAGUACACCCCACAGCUGUCUGUGGACUUCAAGACCAUAGUGUCCAAGUAUGGAUCACAGUUUCGUGGUAAUUCCCAACAUGAUGCCCUGGAGUUCCUGCUGUGGCUGCUGGACCAUGUUCAUGAAGACGUCAAUCUGGCCUCCCACAAUAACAACAACAAGACCAAAGCUCCUGGAAAGGGUCCCGGUGGAGCUGAGGAGGAGCUGUCUCCUGACCCAUCCCAGUCCCAGCAGCCCGGAGUCCAGCACAGCUUUGUCCAGGAACUGUUCCAGGCACAGUACAAGUCUUCGCUGACAUGCCCCCACUGUCUGAAACAAAGCAACACUUUUGACCCUUUCCUCUGCAUCUCGCUCCCCAUUCCUCUACGUCAAACCAGGCCGCUGUGUGUGAUUCUGGUGUUCAGCACCAAAGGACAGAGGUACCUGCGGGUCGGGAUGACUGUGCCUCUGUUUGGCUCUGUGGCUUGCCUGAGGAGGAUGGUGGCUGAUGAGGGGAAACUUUCCCCAGACCAGGUGAUCCUCACUGAGGUUUAUUCUACGGGCUUCCAGCGCUCCUUCUUUGAUGAGGAUGAUCUAACCAGCAUAGCUGAGAAUGAUGUCAUCUAUGCCUUCCAGGCUCCGCCCCUCUAUAUCAGAGGAGGCUCUGCACGGAUCUCAGGUUACCAUCACAGCCUCCCAUCAUCGCCAUACUCCACUGGUCCUGAGGGUCAGAGGUUACCUUCAUCAGGGACGUUGUCGUCAGAGUUCCUCAAUCAGGGCGUCCCUGUGAAGAUCCUGCUGUUGGUGUGCAACGCCGCAGGGGCCGGCCAGCAUGUCGUUAGGUUUGGACCGCCAUUCCUAAUGAGGGAGGACCGGUCUAUUUCCUGGGACCAGCUGCAGCAGAGCAUCCUCAGCAAGCUUUAUUACCUAAUGAUCAAUGGAGCUCAGGCACAGAACACCAGAGUGCUGUUCAACAUCCGUGUGGUGGGAGGAUCAGCGUUUUACAGCUACCUGUCACCUCAGGACGGGCGGCCACUUUACCACCCUGCUGUCGACAGAGCUCUGAAGCUGUGCGGCUCAGGAGGACCUCCACAUGUGAAGCUCAUCAUCGAGUGGGAGAUCAGAAUCAAAGACCUUCUGUUUGGUAACAUUCAUGAGGAGGUGGUGAAGGAUGCAGAGAGUGUGAGGAAUCAGCAGCAGCAGCACAUCCAACAGUACAGCUGCACCUUGGAUGAGUGCUUCCAGCUCUACACCAAAGAGGAACAGCUCGCCCCUGAUGAUGCAUGGAAGUGCCCCCACUGUAAGCAGCUGCAGCAGGGCAUGGUGAAGAUGAGCCUGUGGACGCUGCCGGACAUCCUCAUCCUCCACCUGAAGCGCUUCAGGCAGGUGGGAGAGCGGAGGAACAAGCUCACCACCUUUGUGCAUUUCCCCCUGGCGGGUCUGGACAUGGCGCCUCAUAUGGUGAACCGCAACCACGGCACCCACCCACCCCCUCUGCAGCCCGGCUGGAAACAGUCCCGACGACCUGACCUGGCUCCUCCCGACUUCCUGUAUGAUCUGUAUGCCGUGUGCAACCAUCAUGGAGGAAUGCACGGCGGACAUUACACAGCCUUCUGUAGGAACUCUGUGGAUGGCCAGUGGUACAGUUACGAUGACAGCAGUGCUGAGCCAGUUCCAGAGGCGGAGGUGUGCACACGUGGAGCUUACAUCCUCUUCUACCAGAGGAGAAACACCAUCCCACCUUGGUCUGCCAGCUCCUCAGUCACCGGUUCCACCAGCUCUUCCACCUCUGACCACUGGCUGGUCCGGCUGGCAGGGGGUAGUAAGAGGGGCAGCGUGGUGUCAGGAGGACCUGUCCCUGGACCCAUGGGGCCCUUACAGGUUCCAGAGUCUCCUGAUCUGCCAGUGUUUAGAGAUGAACCCCCUAAAGCAGUAGAAACAAAUGGGUUUGAAGCCAAGCCAUUUGUCCGUGGGACCCAAGGAAGGAGUGUAAGCAUGAGAUCACCGACUAAGCCCAAGGAGAGCCUCAGCAAAGUUCUGCCACUGCGAUGGUCUUUUGGCUCCAAGGACCGCAUCAAACCCCCAGCUCAGACUCAGCCUGGAGAGCUGGUGGAGUACCUGGAGUCUGGGCGCCGGCCCCGAUGUACCAAAGACCCGAUUAUAACACUGGUGGCCACCCCACCACAAAGGAGUGCCAAGGGAAGAGCCUUUGAAGUAGGACAUGACUGCAGCUCACCUAGUGGCAGCAGUCUCAGUUGUACAGACAGACUCAGCUCAGACACUUGUUACUCCCCCAAAAUACCAGAGGGACAGAGCAGAGCAUGUGUGGAGAGAAGCAUCAGCCAUGGAGUCUCUAACAGCAGCAGGGCUGCAGCCAGGGAUUACGGGUCUCUGAGGCAGAGGUCAUCAAAAAGAACAAGGCAGGACCAGGGCAGGACCCUGGACUUCCAGUUUCAGCUUCAGAGAGGGGCCAUUCUAGCCGGUCAUAUCAGCCAUAGUGCACCUCCGAGUAGAGAUUCCACAUUGAGAAGGACCAAGUUCCAGACAGGGGUGAGCUCUAGGGCACAAAAAGACUUGUUACAGAUGGUCCUUCAUCCUGAGGACAGGAGAGGGCAGAGGGGACAGGAGGGCCGCAGCCACGAAAGCCUCUUGUCUUUUUUCAAACCAGGUUUCAUGAAGAAAGACAUUCCUGGGUCACCAAUCAAGGGCCAGGACAGGCGUAUGAACGGCCACGGACAAAUGGGAAGGCUGGCAAGCACGAAUUUAGCCAAACUGUCACUUUCCAAUGGAACACUGACGGCAACGGCGCUAGAAGAGAGGAAGACCAGCGUCAUCCCGACCUGCGACACCCAUAACUGCAAAGUACAGCUAGUCAACGGACAGGCCGGGAGUCACGACCCUGUGGACAUCAAGCGUGCUCACAGUUCCAGUAACAUCCAGACCAAGCUGGAUCUGACCUUCCGCAGGUGUGCCUCCCUGCAGAGGAAUGGAGAAGUGGUGGUCCCUCCGGCCCACCGCAUCCUGCUGGUGGACAAGCCCAGCUACGCCACUCUGCAGCGGACUCGAUACAGUACCACCUCCCUGGUGCCUCUGUGACAGCUCAGAAUGACUAUUGAACACAAGGACCUCUCUGCUGAUUUCUCCACAUGGCACCCGGAGAGGCUCCCCACAGAGGGCAUCGCUGGAAACAAAGUCUAUCUUCUUGUUCCCCUUCAUAGUACUGUUCUAAGUUCUUACCUGUGUGUGUCUUAAACUAAAUCUAUGCAGAGUUGAAUUUACUAAGGAGAAAUACUGCUGUAAUGUGUUUUUUGUCCUUGUUUUGUUUUAAAAAGCAGUCUGCUGUUGGAAUUUAUUAUCAAUAUUUGAAAACUGGAGGGUGAUUUUGGGAAUGUUUUAUGUUUUAAGCCCAUUAUGCUUUCAGAAAAUCAACAUCUACUAAUGCUGGUCAUGUGUUGGUUGCAUUCAGCUAAUAAAAAUGACAGAUAAUGGGCUAAAACAUGUACAAUUGUUUGACACUGCAAAACAUACUAACACCCGCACUGUAAAUUGGCUGCUGCAACAACAUUUUUUGCUUUGUCAUUUACACUCAUGUGUGCGUUAUAUUAUCGAUGAACUUUCUUUUUUUUUUCUUUAGAAAAAUAAUCAUUAUUUUGCUACAUGCCAAGAACAUAUAUGCCACAUUACAUUGCUAAUGUAGGAACAGUUACAUUGAACUAUAUCAGCAACAAGCAGGGUUUGUAUGUGUGAGUUUCAGGUAUCGAUUGAGAAGCUUGUGGAUUUUCAAAAGUCGAAAACACUAAGUUGUUUUUGUGUGUUCCCUUUGAAAUUGCUAUUUUCUGAUGGAGGGAUGAUGAAGAGCUCUGCCUACAUCAGUAAACAACAGGAGUCAUUGUCAUGACUAAAAGGAGAUAAAAUUAUUGUCCUUCCCUGAAGGUUGCAGAGCAUUAAGAGAGGGCGUUUGUUUUUCCACCUCUGCUGAGCAACAAUGUCACAUUCACUUUCAGCUGGGUUUGAAUUCUUGCAGAUAAAAUGCAAAGCUGAAGCUCAGUUUGAAGCUGUUUCCUUAUCUGGGAUUGAAUAGAGGGUUCACACUUUUUGCACACACACAGACACUUAAUUAUUAAUUCUCUGCAGCCACAGGGAUGUGAUGAGUCCUAACGGUAGUCUGCCACAUUCACAUAAACUGUAGUAAAAUAAUCACCACAGAUGGUGAGGCAUUCUGUUCUCCUGUUGCCUGUCUAAUGUAUAUUUAAUUCACAGUUUGAGUAUCAGCACAAUGCUCUUUGGUUUACUCAUGCAUUGUAAAUGCGUCUCUUGGGUUUACUGGGGAAUGUAAAUGUGAGCGUCUGGAUUGUUCGCCGUCACUGUAACUGUGUUCACGUCUCAUGUUGUGUCAUUUAACGUUACUGUUUAACAACACUCUUUACCAAAUGAAAUGAUAGAACAUGAAGGAUGUUUCUGAGACAUUAUUUGGGAAAUAUGGCUAGAUUAUAUUUUAUUAUUAACUUUUUUAAAAGUCUACAUUUUGUACCUGAUGUGUAAUUAUGUAAUUUAAGUACCAGAUUAAAACUGUAUGUUUCAGGUGAAGUCAAAUUGAUGCAUAAUGUAGGUUGGGUUGAAUUGGUCACAACACACGAAGGUCCCAUUACUGGACUGUCUAUAAUGUCUGCUUAAUGUACUGCAAGUUUUAUGGAUUGCAAAUUAAACACAGCUUUUCUCACAAAUGGA